GCCCGCUGCCGCACGCACCGCGGACGCCGACAUGUCCGCGCGCGAGCUCGGCUACGGGGGCGCGCGCUCGCCGCGCAGCGGCCGCCGCCUCGGCGAGCUGCCCACGGUGGACCGCAGCCCGUCGCGCGGCUACGGCUACCAGAGCGGGCGCGUCUCGCCGCUGAGCGGCUCCUCGCGCAGGCUGCGCGCCGGGCCGCGCAGCGGCAACAGCUCGCCGGUCGCGAUGGACUACGCGGGCGGCGGGGCCGUCGGCGCGGCCGCGUUCUACGGGGGGCAGCAGCAGGCUGGCCUCGCGGGCGCGGGUGGCGCCGCCGGCGGCAGCCCCUACUACCACGAGGAGCUCGGCAGCCCGCUCGGCGUGCAGCCGCCGGCGGCGCUGCUCUUCGAGGAGCGCGCCCGCAGUAUGUCCCAGGGCGCGGGCCAGCACCGCUCGCGCAGCGCCUCCCGGCCGCCCAUGUCCUCGCAGGGCCCCCGCUACGCGAGCCUCGACCGUGCCUCGGUCGGCCUGCUGGACCACGAGCGCGAGUUCGUGCCCAUCCGCGACGCGGCGGCCUUCUCGCGCUCGGUGCCGCGCUACCUCGAGGAUGAGUUCUACCUGGGCGGCGGCGGCGGCGGCGGCGGCGGCGGCCUCGGCCGGCCGCUCUCCGCGGGCCUGCACCGCCAGAGCCCGCACCUGCUGCGCGACGGCCUGGGCGCCGUCGGCGGCGGCUACAUCGGCGAGCUGCAGAGCCAGAACAACGACCUGCAGCGCGAGCUGGGCAACCUCAAGAAGGAGCUGGAGCUCACCAACCAGAAGCUCGGCAGCUCGAUGCACAGCAUCAAGACCUUCUGGAGCCCCGAGCUCAAGAAGGAGCGCGCGCUGCGCAAGGAGGAGAGCACCAAGUACAGCCUGAUCAACGAGCAGCUGAAGCUGCUCAACUCCGAGAACCAGAAGCAGAGCCUCAUGGUGCGCCAGCUCGAGGAGGAGCUACGGAUGCGCAUGCGGGGCCCCAGCGUCGAGAUGCAGCAGCAGAUGGAGGUCUUGUACAACGAGAACGAACAUUUGACUCGCGAAAUUGCCAUCCUCCGGGACACCAUCAAGGAGCUGGAGCUGCGGAUAGAGACGCAGAAGCAAACCCUGCAGGCCCGCGACGAGAGCAUCAAGAAGCUGCUGGAGAUGCUGCAGAACAAGGGCAUGGGCAAAGAGGAGGAGCGCAUCAUGUUCCAGCAGAUGCAGUCCAUGGCCCAGAAGCAGCUGACCGACGAGCUGGACGAGCUGAGGACGGAGGUGCAGCGUCGCGAUCAGGAGCUACUGGCCAUGUCGGCCAAGAUGAAGACGCUGGAGGAGCAGCACACCGACUACCAGCGCCACAUCGCCGUGCUUAAGGAGUCGCUGUGCGCCAAGGAGGAGCACUACAACAUGCUGCAGGCGGACGUCGAGGAGAUGCGCCAGCGCCUGGACGAGAAGAACCGGCUGAUCGAGAAGAAGACACAGCAGGCGCUGCAGGCGCAGCAGGAGCGCAACCGGCUGAACGGCGAGCUGGGCGAGCUGAAGGACCACAUGGACAUCAAGGACCGCAAGAUCAACGUGCUGCAGCGCAAGAUCGAGAACCUGGAGGACCUGCUGAAGGAGAAGGACAACCAGGUGGACAUGGCGCGCGCGCGGCUCACCGCCAUGCAGGCGCACCACUGCAGCAGCGAGGGCGCGCUCUCGAGCCUGGAGGAGGCCAUCGGCGACAAGGAGAAGCAGAUGGCCCAGCUGCGCGAGCAGCGCGACCGCGCCGAGCAGGACAAGCAGGAGGAGCGCGAGCUGCACGAGCGCGAGCUGGCCGAGUACAAGAUGAAGAUGCACUCGCUCGAGUCGGAGGUGGAGAAGCUGAGCGCGCGCGUGGAGCGCGCCCAGGCGGAGAAGGACCGGCUCGAGUCGAAGUUGGAGAGCUCGCAGUCGGAGCUGGGCAAGAGCAAGGCCGAGCUGGACAAGGCGGCCUCGGAGGUGGGCCGCAGCGGCGCCGACUGGGAGGCGGCGAAGCAGCGCCUGGCGCGCCUCGAGCUCGACAACGAGCGCCUGCGCCACGAGCUCGAGCGCCACGAGCGCGCCGUCACGCCGUCGUACGCGCGCGCCGAGCGCGGCCUGGGCGCCGAGCGCGGCUUGGGCGCGGACGAGCUGCGCCGCGCGCAGACCGAGCUGCGCGCCAGCCAGGCGGAGCUGGAGCGCGCGCGCGCCGAGUCGCAGGCGCUGCAGGAGAAGCUGGAGAAGAGCCAGGGCGAGGUGUACCGGCUGAAGGCGCGCCUCGAGAACGCGCACAGCGAGCAGGACAGCCUGCGCGAGGAGUACGACCGCGCGCAGAGCACCGUGGCAAGGCUGCACGCCGAGCGCGACAAGGCGGCGGCCGAGCUGGACAAGUGCCGCGAGGAGCUCGAGCGCAGCCAGGCGACGCUCGGCAAGGCGCAGCUGCAGCAGGACAAGCUGCAGGCGCUGCUCGACAAGACGCAGACGGAGCUCGAUAAGCUGCAGGAGCGCCUGGACAAGUCGCAGCAGGAGGUGCGCAGGAUGCAAAUGGAGAAGGAGAAGAUGGUCUACGACUUCGAGAACGUGCAGACGCAGCUGGACAAGACCCACGGCCAGAUCAGCCGCAUGCAGAAGGAGAAGGAGAGCGUGCAGCUGGAGGUCGAUCGGCUGCAGGACAAGUACGAGAAGGCGCAGAACGUCAUGCAGCGCCUGCAGAAGGAGCGCGACAGCUUCCACGUGGACAUGGAGAAGCUGCAGGAGCGCUACGAGUUCGCGCAGGGCCAGAUCGCCAAGUACCAGCGCGACAAGGAGAACGUCCAGGCCGACCUGGAGCUGGCGAAGGAGCGCUGGGAGAAGGCGCACAACGCCCAGCAGAAGUUGGCGCUGGAGCGCGACGACGCCUACACGGAGGUCGAGAUCCUGCGCGACAAGCUGGAGAAGGCGCAGCACGCGGCCGGCAAGGCGCUCGAGGAGAAGGAGGCGGCCUGCAAGGAGCUGCACAAGACCCACGAGAAGUGCGAGCGCGCGCAGAGCGAGGCCUUCCGGCUGGGCAGCCGCCUCGAGGGCGCGGAGGCCGACAAGCAGCGCCUCGAGCUCGAGCUCGAGAAGCAGCUCGGGCUGGCCGGCAAGGCGCGCGAGGAGGCGCGCAAGGCCCAGGAGGAGGCGGGCCGCGCGCAGGAGCUGUACGAGCGCGCGGCGCUGCAGCUGAGCCGCGCCAAGGAGCACGAGGAGAAGGGCAAGGAGGAGCUCGACCGGCUGAGCGUGGACCUGGAGAUGGCGCGCGAGCGCUACGAGAAGAGCCAGAUCGAGCAGCGCCGACUGCAGGCCGAGCGCGAGAAGCUGCUGGCCGACGCCGAGCGGCUCGGCUUCGAGCUGGAGCGCGCGCAGUCGCAGCUGGCCAAGGCGCAGGCGCAGGCCGAGAAGGCCCAGGACGAGCUGCAGCGCGGCCAGCAGGAGCUGGACAAGCUCUACGAGAAGCAGGAGCGCCAGCAGGCGGAGCUGCGCAAGGCGCAGGCCGAGGCGGAGCGCGCGCGCCAGGAGCUCGAGCAGGCGCGCGACGAGCAGGAGCGCUACGCCGGGCGGCUGGGCCGGCGCGCCGCCGAGGCCGAGCGCGCCGAGCUGGAGCGCGCGCGCCUCGAGCAGGAGCGGCUGCGCGAGCGCCUGGCCGCCGCGCAGGCCGAGGCCGAGCGGCUGCGCGCGCAGGCGCUGCAGCGCCCCGACAGCGCGGCCGGCAAGUUCCGGCUGGAGCAGGAGCUGGAGCGCGCGCGCGAGCGCUGCGAGCGGCUGGAGGCGCGCGAGGCCGAGGCGCGCCGCGCGCAGGCGCAGCUGCAGGAGGCCGAGGGCCGGCUGCUGCAGGCGCGCCAGGACCUGGAGGGGGCGCGCGCCGAGGCGGAGCGCGCGCGCGACGCGCAGGCCAAGCUGCGCGCGCGCGCCGAGGCGCUCGAGGCCGACAACGAGAAGCUGCGCGUGGAAACGAUCCGGCUCGAGCGGCUGAUGCAGGCCGCGGACACGGGCCGCCCGCGGCCCGAGAGCGCCGGCCCCGAGGCCGAGCGGCUGCGCGCCGGCCUGGAGAAGGCGCUGGCCGCGCGCGACCAGCUCGAGCUGGAGGCCGGCCGCCUGGCCAAGGAGCUCGAGAAGGCGCAGCUGCUGCUGCAGAAGCAGGCCGAGGCGGCCGAGGCGGCGCGCCGCGAGCACGAGCGCGCGCUGCAGGAGGCGCAGCUGCUGCGCGAGGAGCGCGAGGCCGCGCGCCAGGAGCUGCGCCGCGCCCAGCAGCAGGCGCAGCAGCAGCAGCAGGCGGCCCAGGCGGCCCAGGCGGCCGAGGAGGCGGCGCGCCUCGCCCAGGAGCUGCAGCUGGCGCAGCGCGAGCGCGACAAGAUGGCCGCCAUCCUCGAGAACCGCGAGAAGCACGCCGACAAGGUGGACAAGGCGCGCGAGAAGCUCGAGGCCGAGGCCAAGCAGCUGCAGCUCGAGCGCGACCAGCUGGUCAUCCAGCUGGAGAAGUCGCAGGACAUGCUGCUCAACUUCCAGCGCGAGCUGGGCGCCAGCGAGGCCGAGCUGGAGAAGCAGCGCGAGGAGCUGCGUCGGCUGCAGGCGCGCGCCGCCGCGCCCGCCGCGCCGCCCGCCGAGUCGCUGGCCGAGCUGCAGCGCCUCGGCCAGCAGGUCCAGCUGCUCACGCAGAACCUGACGCGCGAGCGCCAGCGCGCCGAGCAGGCCGAGAAGCGGCUGCAGGAGGCGGCCCAGCAGCCGCAGCCGCCGCCGCCGCAGCAGCUCGACCAGCUGCGCGGCCAGCUGGAGGCCGAGCGCCAGCGCGCCGAUCAGGCCGAGAAGCGCCUGCAGGCCGCCGAGCGCCAGCUGCACGCGCACCAGCAGCAAAUCCAACAAAUGCAGCAGCAGCAGCAGCAGCAGCCGCAGCCGGCCGCCGCCGCCCAACAGCAGCAGCAGCAGCAGCAGCAGCAGCAGCAGCAGCAGCAGCAGCAGCAGCAGCAGCAAGUCGACAAGCUGCGCAAGGAGCUGGACAGGGCGCGCGAGGAGCUCGGCCAGGCGCACGUCGAGCGCGAGCGCUUCCAGGCGCAGAUCGAGAUGCUCUGUCAGGAGCUGCAGCAGAACCAGCUGGCGCUGCAGCAGGCUGGCCAGGCCAAGGCAGAGCUCGGCCCCGAGCAGCGCCGCCAACUCGAGCAGCAGCGCCAGCAGCUCGAAGACAAGGCCAAGGCCCUGGAGGCCAAGACGCGCGCCGUCGAGGACAAGGAGCGCGCGCUGCAGGCCCUCGACGCCGAGCUGAAGAAGCGGCGCGCCAAGCUGGACCAGCUCGAGCAGCAGCUGCAAAAGAGCGGCGGUUCGCCCGACAAGCGCAUCGCCGAGCUGCAGCGCACUCUGGAGGCCCAGGAGCGAGACCUGGAGACCUGCCGGGAAGAGGCCAAGCGGGCCACGCAAGAGACCGAGCGGCUGCUGCAGCUCAUCCAGAUGUCGCAGGAGGAGCAGAACUCCAAGGAGAAGCAAAUCCGCGACCUCAACGAAGCGCUGAAAACCGCACAAGCCAAGUUGAAAGCCACGGCGCAGCAGCAGCAAGACCAGGGCGUAGCCGGCGGCUUCUUCAAAGGUUUAUUCUAAGCUCGACUCACAUUCCGAACGUUACUUUCAUUUUCGUGCAGUUUACAAGUUUUAACAGUUGAAAGCAUUGAAUGUGGCCAAAUAUAUAGACCAGAGCAGAGCUCAACAGUCAAAUGUAAAAAGACUAUGUAAGAUUAUCAAGUAAUAAGUUAAGGAAAAAAUGAAAAUGGAAAAAAGCCAUAAAAAAAACAAAAAACAAUGUUCGUCGAAUACAACGGUUCUGCUUUUCAAUCCAGAGCUCAUCAAAAUACAUGUAAUCAUUAAUAAUUGACGGCUGCGGACCACUUCGUCGAGGUAAACGAUGAGACGCUGACGCGCGACGGAGAGGAAGAUGAAAACUGUUCAAUGCGCAUAAGCAAACCUGCAGACUGGCAAUUAGACUGUGACUAGAUGAACAUUAUUAUAUCGUAGGCAGACGAGAGCCAAGGAACGUUUGUCUCGUGCUUGCUUUUCUCGGUUUCCAUAGACUUUGUUCGACGGGUUCUUCGGAUCGUUCGAUGCUCGCCUGGAUGACGACCCGGCGCUGCUCGAAGCAGAGCGCUGAGAAACGAGCAUCGAGCGAAGCUGUCUUGUGCAAGUUUCAUUCCCCAUCGGCGGCUCGAGUAUACGAGAGCACACACAACGGACAUUCGCGAGGCAAUUGGACGUUACGCGACAACGCACUAGACAAGUUGAAAGGACCGAAGCCGACCGAUCGCAACUGUUUCAUUGGCAAAACGAAAGCUUUCAACGAUCGUCAUUGGCGACAAGGCCGACGGAGUGCGGCGACACCGUCUACCCGGAGCUCGCUUGUCAAUUUGCUACCUGGACGCACGCUUCAGAGCAGUCCUCGCCAUACGAGCUCCAGCGCAGUGGUCGAAUGCUCGCGCGCUUGCUGGGCUCUCUCUCUCUCUCUCUCCCUUUGUCCGACGGGACCGCCAACCCGGACUCGUUGGACGAUCCGAUGGAGAAACGGAGCCUCCGCUGCGGCGCGCACGUCGUUACUCCUGGGCGCCGUGCCCGAAGGAUCAUCGUUCGCAGCGGCCACAACUUGCUUCGGCGAUUCGACGGGCUCCAGGUGUCUUGGCGACCAAUGAUUACUAAUCCGAAUUGAAAGUGUCGGCUGUAAAUUAAGAAUAAGAAAGUGUUCAUAGGUUUUACUCUCAUGAUCUUUGAAUCUCGUUGACGUGAGUCUUCGUUUAGGUAUUCGUUGGGCGUCUAUGGCGAGCGCGCAAGGCGUUAACAAGUAUAAAACAAAAGGCUGAUACAAUAUUGUUCAAGUUUGAGCAAACAGAAGUAUAUUAUUUAUAUAAGGCGAUAAGCGAAUCGACGAUGUCGCGUUCGGUUGCACAGCCAUCGGGCCGAGAGUGCGUGCGAUUCCAGUCCGAGUAACCGUAUUUGUACACACGAGUUUGUCAAUCGACACGACACUUGAUCUUUGCAUUCGCAAGCAACCAGUUUAUGCCCUGUGAUCGAUUCUCCCUCUCUCUCUCUCUCUCUCUCUCAUCUUUGCACAAUCUCAAACUUUCUCUUCGCUCGGUGCGCCGCCGGGCGCGCAGCGCUAUACCGACUAUCUUGUCAAUAAUUUCUCAUCGUUAGCUAGUAAGUACAAAUGGUAUCGCGUGACUUUCUUCCGCAUUAGACUGCCGACGUGUAGAGCUCGCCAAGCUUCGGCGCGCGGAUGCGCGAAACGUCUCGUCGACCUUUUCAUUUCUUCAAUUCGAUCUAGUCCAAUCGCGCUAUGGAACGUUGAACCAACCAUUUCGCAAUUAUCGCUCAUCUUUGCUAGUCCUCGAGAUGAUAUGUCAUAUUUUUUUAUUUGACCAAAUUCCUUUUAUACUGUAACUACGUUUAAGCCACACAUAAUCGCACGAUAAUACUCUUAUACUACGACACGUUUGCCAUAUCAAAUACCCCGAACGCCUUUUGAGAAAGAAAAUGACAAGAAAAGAAGCCGCAUUUAAACGUAUUUGAAAAAACAAAAAAACAAAAAAACAAACAAAAAAGUCAAGUUUUCACCAAGUACUUCGACGAUAGUAGGAAUAUUCACCAGUAAACUGUAACGCGUUGCUGCAAAUUCCUGCACAAAGGGUGUACAAUGGUUUUUUGACAUUCAAACGCAGAAUUUCUUAGGGCGAUACGUUUCUUUGGUUCGUAUCGCUGGGCUAAAGGUUGCUGUCGCAUACGCGCGCGCGCGAUCGAAUCGAUGAAUUUUAUCCGUCAAACGUAAGUCUCAACUGAUCAGCUGCAAUCAGCGAUAUACAAAUCAGACAAAAUAUCGCGAAAAGAGAUCGACUAAUUUGCUGAAAGAAUCGAUAUACGUAAUAUGAUUAUUGUUUGUUCUGCGUUUGUCUAUGAUUUUUGAUAUCGUUAGCAAUGAUUAAUGCAGCAGUAUUGCAACUAGUUGAGUUGAAUAAUCCGAAAGUUCGGCUAGGCAGCCCGGCGCAAUGGGUCGGGUAAGCGCAAUAGGUCUGAGGUAGAUUAGGGAGGAAAUAUUUGAAAUUCUUGAUAUCGGGUCCAAAAGUCGUCAUUGUACAGGUAAAGGCAUUAGUCGUAUACUUGUAAAUGUAUGGCGCGCGCAGUCGCGUCUGUAAUUAAGGUUUGAAUGUGACUCGCGCUUGGCGAACAUUAAUUAAGCAAUAUAUCACGCGCGCACAUGGUCGUCCUGGGAUCGGCCGGCAUGUCGCGCGGCUAGCCGCGAUGCCACGAUGGUCGGGCAGCCGUCGCACCGGCGCCGUGGAAUUUGGUGGAACCGCUCGAGGCUGACCGACGGCGGCGACGGCGUCGCGAUGACAAUAAUACAUGUCUGUUGAUUGACUGUUGGCGAGCUCAGUGAUACCGACACAGCAAGGAAUUAAGGCGCUCGAUGGAAUUCAAUUGUAGACUGGUCGACCGCCCCGUGGCGGCGAUCGAUCGACUUGGAAAGGCCGCUAAGCGUGUAGUAAAUACGAAGCAGCCGAGCAUGCGAGCGGCUGAGCCACGAGCCGAUUGGAUCGCACCUUGCGCGAACUCACGGUACGCGUGCGAAAGUGAUUGUAUUGCGUUAUCAUUUAAAGUUCGAGUUUGAGUAGUCUGUUGAAAGAAGCGCUUAGCUCUCCAGUUAACUGUACAUAUAUAUAUGACAUAGACCACCGGACUUGGUGCAAAGGCGUGGUGUGCCGAGUACAUUAUUGAUUGACGAGAGGCUUAUAAGAGUUCUAUUCGAGUUAUAGAUUGAAUUGUAUAAAUUUGGAAUUCCUAUUUGAAAUCUGUUGCAAGUUUAGUGCGAGAGGUCGCAAAGCGUGAAAACGACUUGUCAUCUUCGCGUGUAAAGAAUCUACGGAGUCGUUGAAGGAGGGCAGAGUAUUGCGCAGCGCUCAGUCGGCCGAGGGACGCUCGGCGAAAGCAGUCCAGAGGAGGCUAGAGCUCCAGUCUGUAGGCCCGUAGUCGGAAUGAUUUAGAGCCGAGUCCGUAGCAAGUAUACAUAUUGUAAGUAAAUGUGUGUUGCGAUUGGCAGCGCGGGCGUCGCGCGGCUUUUCCGUUCUCGCGACCGCCGAGAGAGAGAGACACAGUGUUGUUUUGUUUUCCCCGGCGGCUUGGGCGCGCGCCCUCGCUCUCGACCGCAGGAGCGCGCGCGCUGCGUGUAAAUACAGCACGGAGUUAUCUUGCGUUUGGCGCGGGCCGAGUCGGCGACGCGCGCGCGCGCCAGCUGCGUCGCAGAAGUAUAUUCAAAUGAUCUAUGCGUAUAAAUAAGAGAUCCUCGUCAUAUCAGUCCUAUAUCAUCGUGUUAUAUCGUGACUCUAAUUCAAAAGUUAAUUAUUAUAUACCGUUAUCAAACUAUAAUGCUGUUGAAUGAGUAUUUAUUUAUUACGACUGGCGCGCUCGUGCGCGCAGUCUUGCCGUUCGAUCUUCGUUAUCUCGACCUUCGCUCCAUUCAUUUCGGAAACGUUCGAGGAGUCGCCGUAGGCUGCGUUCCGGCAGAGUGCGCAAGAGGCCUCGAUAGUCCGAGUGCGUCCUCGCUUUCCGGACGACUCUUCUGGCACGCAUCGCACGCACCUUGCUCGCUCGAUUUUUCAGUGCCAGCGGCAGGCCUAUUUUCAGAUGCAAUGCCAAGCACACACUCGCAAACCUACUCGAUGGCAGUUUCACCGGCGAUGCCAUCUCCGCCUCGGACUAUCGUGGACUCUUCGCUGCAGAUCUUGGCGUCAGGACUAGAUGUACACUCAAUUGUAACAAGUCGCUUCAAGCUGUCAAUGUAGACUCUCAUUCAAGCCAGGACGUAACUGCAAAUAAUUAUAUCUCACGAAAUUUCUCGUUGACUUGUAAUAGUAAUGAUUAUAAUAAAAGUGAACUUACGCUAAGAAUCGUUGAUUAAACUUGAUUUCACGUUCAACAAUGAACUCGUUUGCGUGCGUGCCAGGCGACAAAGCCCAAUUGCGCGAACGCUCAUCAGUCGAAACUUUGCCCGCGGCGGCGGUCAUCGGCGAAUGCUCAAUUCGUCGCCGCGGCUGGAGUUUCGCCUCGCUCGGCACAUUUCCGCUCGCUUCGACCCUUUGCACACUCAGGGAAUAUUCCUCUCAUAUUCUUUGUUCCCUCUCAUUUUUUACUUGUCGGACACUCGAUAUAGUUCACCAUCUGUUUCAUAUACGUAUUCAGUCAUUGCAGAAUUCAUCACCUUCUGCUCUUUUUCUUUUCUCGAAUCUUUCAAACCUCUUUGAAUCUUUGAAUGUCAUGAGCCCCGACCCAUAUAUUUUUAAGCACGGCUACCUCCGUAUUUAUUUUAAUUGACCACGUUGAUCUUUCAUAUGUAGCUGAAAAUCGCGUUACAUUAUACAUUUUCUUUCAUUUGAAUUGAAAAAAAAUCCUUAUAAAUAAAGUCGGCACAUCUUGAGCCACUGAAUACGUACAGGGAAAU